AUGAGUGGGGUGAUGAUUUUGUCAAAGAAUCUCACACUUGAGGAUGUGGAGAGGCUUCCCGAGAGGAGCGCGUGGGUAACUAGCGUCCUCGCCACUGUGCUCAUCUUUACCAUCGUGGUUGACCUUCUGGGCAACUCGCUGGUCAUCGUCUCCGUUUUCAGGAACAAGAAACUGCGGAAAGCCCGCCGUAACGUCUUUGUGAUAAGUCUCGCCAUUGCUGACCUUGUUGUGGCAAUCUACCCUUAUCCUCUAACUCUAAUAGCAAUCUUUCGCAAUGGAUGGGUACAUGGUUACAUCCACUGUCAAAUGAGUGGGCUGCUCCUGGGACUGAGUGUAAUUGGCUCCAUCUUUAACAUCACUGCUAUUGCAAUCAACAGAUAUUGUUACAUCUGCCACGGUCUGAAAUAUAAAAAGAUCUUCAGCCACAGAAAAACCUCUUGCUACGUGUUGCUGGUCUGGAUGUUGACAUGUCUAGCAGUCAUUCCCACUCACUUUGUGGAAUCUCUCCAGUAUGAUCCACGAAUAUACUCCUGCACUUUUGCUCAGUCUGUCAGUCCCUUCUACACUGUCACCAUUGCAGCCAUCCAUUUCAUUCUGCCAAUCAGCAUCGUCUCAUAUUGCUACCUGCAUAUCUGGAUCUAUGUCAUCCGGGUCCGAAAGAGAGUUAAACUGGAAAAUCCAUCCAGGAUAAAUCACCAUGACUUCAGGAACUUCCUAACAAUGUUUGUGGUCUUUGUGCUCUUUGCUAUUUGUUGGGUACCGUUGAACAUCAUUGGCCUGGGAGUAGUAGUAAAUCCAAAGUUGGCAAACAUGAUACCAGACUGGCUUUUCAUUGCCAGCUAUUUCAUGGCAUACUUCAACAGCAGUUUGAAUGCUAUCGUGUAUGGUGUUUUAAACCACAAAUUCAGGCAGGAAUAUAAACAAAUAAUGAUAGAGAUUAUCAAUCUCUCUUGUUAG